AUGUCCGGCUCGAUCGCCUCGUACGACCAGCUGGUGCGGCAGGUGGAGGCGCUGAAGAAGGAGAACAGCCACCUCCGGCGGGAGCUGGAGGACAACUCCAACCACCUCUCCAAGCUGGAGAAUGAGACCUCGGACAUGAAGGAGGUCCUGAAGCACCUCCAGGGCAAGCUGGAGCAGGAGGCGCGGGUCAUGGUGUCCUCGGGGCAGACGGAGGUCCUGGACCAGCUGAAAGCCCUGCAGAUGGACAUCACCAGCCUCUACAACCUCAAGUUCGCCCCGGAGGCGGCUGGAGCUGGGCGCAGUGCCGAGGACAGCCCACCACCACCCGCACCUCACCGGGACGGUGCCGGGGACCUGGGCAGAGCCACCCUCCGGCUGCUGGAGGAGCUCGACCGGGAGAGGUGCUUUCUGCUGGGCGAGAUCGAGAAGGAGGAGAAGGAGAAGGUGUGGUACUAUGCCCAGCUGCAGAGCCUGGCCACACGCCUGGAUGAGCUGCCCCACGUGGAGACGUUCUCCAUGCAGAUGGAUCUCAUCCGGCAGCAGCUGGAGUUCGAAGCCCAGCACAUUCGCUCGCUGAUGGAGGAGCGCUUCGGGACGGCCGACGAGAUGGUGCAGCGAGCACAGCGGGACAAGGACGACAUGUCCCGCACGCUGCUGGCCAUGUCCAGCUCGCAGGAGAGCUGCCUGGCCAUGCGCAAGUCGGGCUGCCUGCCCUUGCUCAUCCAAAUCCUGCACGACUCAGACGGCGAACCGGGGCCCCCCGAGAGCCCCGCCAGUGCCAAGGAUGCCCGCAGGCGUCCCAACGCCCCCCUCCACAACAUCGUCUUCUCCCAGCCCGACGAGGGUCAGGCCAAAAAGGAGAUGCGGGUGCUGCACGUGCUGGAGCAGAUCCGCUCCUACUCGGAGACCUGCUGGGACUGGCUGCAGAUGCAGAGCAGGGACGGGGGCAGAGGCCCCGAUGGCAGCACGGUGCACAUGGCUGCGACGCUGUGCUCCCGCCGCGGCUGUAUGGAAGCCAUUGUGGCUCAGCUGGGCUCUGACAGCGAGGAGCUGCACCAGGUGGUCUCCAGCAUCCUGAGGAACCUCUCCUGGCGGGCCGACAUCAACAGCAAGAAGGUGCUGCGGGAGGUGGGCAGCGUGACUGGGCUGACGCGGUGCGCGCUGCACGCUGGCAAGGAGUCUACGCUGAAGAGCGUCCUGAGCGCGCUGUGGAACCUGUCGGCGCACAGCACGGAGAACAAAGCCGCCAUCUGCGGGGUGGAGGGAGCCCUGGGGUUCCUGGUGAGCACCCUCACCUACAAGUGCCAGAGCAACUCGUUGGCCAUCAUUGAGAGCGGUGGCGGCAUCCUCAGGAACGUCUCCAGCCUCGUCGCCACGCGGGAGGACUACAGGCAGGUGCUCCGCGACCACAACUGCCUGCAGACGCUGCUGCAGCACCUGCGCUCGCACAGCCUCACCAUCGUCAGCAACGCCUGCGGCACCCUCUGGAACUUGUCUGCCCGCAGCCCCCGCGACCAGGAGCUGCUCUGGGACCUGGGGGCGGUCAGCAUGCUGCGCAACCUCAUCCACUCCAAGCACAAGAUGAUCGCCAUGGGCAGCGCGGCUGCUCUGCGCAACCUCCUCACCAACCGGCCCCCCAAGUACAAGGACACCGCCGUCGUCUCGCCGGGCUCCUGCAUGCCCUCGCUCUACAUGCGCAAGCAGAAGGCGCUGGAGGCCGAGCUGGAUGCCAAGCACCUGGCUGAGACCUUCGACACCAUGGAGAAGCAGAGCCUGAAAAGCCAGAGCGUAAAGAAGCCGACGCGGCACAUGGAGAGCCUGGUGAAGGACUAUGCCUCCGACUCCGGCUGCUUCGAUGAUGACGAGGUGCCCAACGUCUCCACCGGUGUGGAGACGGCCAGCGCCUCUGUCCUGUCCAUGUUCCUCAACUCCUCCUUCCUGCAGGGACAGGCGCUGCCCCGGGUGCUGGCACAGAGACGAUGCCCGGAGCCGGAGAAGGACGGCAGCGGCAAACCAGCCGAGCCCAAGAAGCUGCCGCUGCCGGAAGAUGACGUCUCGCUGGCUGCCGAGAAGCUGGCCAACAAGAUCUCUAGCACGGUGGCCAAGAUUGACAAGUUGGUGGAGGACAUCUCUACCAUGCACACAUCCUCAGAUGACAGCUUCAGCCUCAGCUCGGAGGACCACUGCCUGGACUGGCAGUAUGGCCCCGAGGAGGUGCACGAGGCGCGCGCCCAGUCCUGCUCGCCGUGCCGCCUCUCGGAUGCCGGUGGCUUUGCCAAGCGGGAGAGCCUGAGCCGGGCGCACACGCUGCUGCGGCUGAAGACCGCCUACACCAGCCUGUCCAACGACAGCCUCAACAGCGGCAGCACCAGCGACGGUUACUGCACCAAGGAGCACAUGAAGCCCUGCACCAGAGCCGCCUUCCUCGACUACCGGGAUGAGCUGCAGCGGUACCAGAAGCGGCCGAGCCGGCUCGACCUCAAGAGCAUCCUGGGCAGCAAGCUGGAGCGGGUCGAACCCCCCAUGCUCAAGGGCAAAGACCCAGCCGAACCGGACAAGCCGGAGCAGCGAGACCUGCCUGAACGGGCCAAGAAGACGGUGACUUUCCCCAGCCCCAAAGUGCUGGAGAAGGAGCCCGAGUGGAAGAAGGAGGCGGGCAGCAAGCUCUCCCCCGACCCCCAGGUCCGCACCAUCAAACUCUCCCCGUCCUACCAGCACGUCCCCCUGCUUGAGACCCUGGCCAAGAGCAACGCGGCCACCGGCGCCGGCCACCACCCCUCCCUCCUGGGCAGAAAGCAAGCCUGGCUCCCCCCCACGCUGCUGCAGACGGCCGAGACCUUGAGCAAGAUCCCGGAGAAGCUGCCCGCCCACCCACUGGCCACGGCGGAGCAGGAGUCGGUGCAGAAGUACUCGGUGGAGGAUACCCCAAUCUGCUUCUCCCGGUGCAGCUCCCUCUCCUCCCUCUCCUCAGCAGACAACGUGCUGGACGGGCAGAGCCACAGUGAGAACGACCUGGACAGUGACUCCUCCCUGGAGAUCCUGGAGAUGGAGGAAGGGGAUGGGGAAGGUGAGGAUGGGAGGCAGGAGAAGGAGAAGGCAGCAGAUCCAGGUCCGGCCACGCUGGUGGGGAUCUCCCAGCCCAUCACCAUCCCCUUCCCAAAGCGCGACAAGGUCUUCCUGCGGGAGUCGUCGCCAUCACGCCAGGAGGACCUCACGCCCUCGAGCUCCUCGGAGAACUACAUCCAGGAGACGCCACUGGUGAUGAGCCGCUGCAGCUCCGUCAGCUCCCUGGGCAGCUUCGAGAGCCCCUCCAUCGCCAGCUCCAUCCAGAGCGACCCUUGCAGUGAGAUGAUCAGCGGCACCAUCAGUCCCAGCGAGCUGCCCGACAGCCCUGGGCAGACUAUGCCACCCAGCCGCAGCAAGACACCCCUCUUCGAGCUGGGCUGCCAGCCGGAGAAGGAGACCAGCCAGUUCAACAUCCAAUGGGAAAACAACGUCAAGAAGUUCAUGGAGAUCACCGACUUCAAGGAGCGCUUCCAGCUGCCCCAGGACCUGGACUCCAUGGUCUACUUCACGGUGGAGAAGCCCAACGAGAACUUCUCCUGCGCCUCCAGCCUGAGCGCCCUGCCCCUCCACGAGCACUAUGUCCAGAAGGACGUGGAGCUCAAGCUGAUGCCCACCUUCCCAGAGAAGAACAGCCUGAAUUUCGUGGCUCACGAGAAGCGGGAGGAGCGGCGGGAGGAGCGGUACCUGGAGGGCCGGCGGCGGGCCGACCGCCCCGAGCCCCCCUCCGACGAUGACAUUGAGAUCCUGAAGGAGUGCAUCAGCUCCGCCAUGCCCUCCCGAUUCCGCAAGGUGAAGACCUCCCUGCUCUCCGGUCAGGUCCUGCACCCCCAGACAAAGAAACCAGUGCACGUCCCUGUCUACAUGCUGGUGCCAGCCCACGCACACCCCGGUGUCCCCAAGCACCUGCGUGCCACCGCCCGUGACCUCUUCAAGGACGACGACUCCUUCACCGACUCGGCCGACGGGACCCCCGUCAACUUCUCCAGCGCCGCCUCGCUGAGCGAUGAGACCCUGCGCUACCCGGCUGCCGAGGAGGCUGAGCACCCUCACGGCCCGGGGAUGGGGUGCCCGGCGGGGGUUCUACCCGAGGGGCACCGCGAGGUGGCCAGCGCCGGCACCAUCCCGGCCAGGAGAGCCGCCUCCGGCAGCUCGGCGCCUGCCCGGCUCAGCUCAGCCUGCAAGGGGAAAGCGGGGCUGAGCCGUGGCCAAGGCGGGGAGGGGAAGCGGGGUCAGCCCCCCACAAAGAGUGGACCCAGCCUGGAGCUGGAGGUAGGGAGGACCGGUGGUCCCCCCGCGAGGAAGGAUGCUGCCCGGGAGGACGGGGUGGCCUUCCAGUCGCUGUGCCACACCACCCCGACGGAGGAAGCCGUCUACUGCUUCUACGAGCAGGACUCGGACGAGCUGCCCGAGGCGGGCAGGGAGGCGUCCGGCAGCAGACCCCAGCCCAGCCGGGCGCCCAGGAGGGAGCGCUGGGGUGGCUCCGUCCCCCGGAACGAACCUGAGCCUGGUCCCCGGCCGGCAAAGGCGAAGCCGCAGAACAACCUCAUCGCCGACGAGACGCCGCCGUGCUACUCCCUCAGCUCCUCCAUGAGCUCCCUGAGCGACACCAACCUCUCCGACGGCGAGGAGCGGAGCCAGCCCUGCGGCAAAGCCCCCCGGCCGCGGUCGGCCACGGUGGCGGGGCAAGCACAGGGGCGCUCCCCCAGGUCCCCCAGCCUCAACUCGGAGGACGACCUGCUGCAGAAGUGCAUCGGCUCGGCCAUGCCCAAGCGCCGGCGGCCCUCGGCUCGCCGGAGGAUGGCGGAGCGCAAGCAGAAGCUGCCAGGUGCCGGCGGGAGGGAGCGGAAAGCGGAGGCGAGGCAUUGCCCUGCCGAAGACACCGGCUCCGACCGGGGCUCGGACCUGGACAGCGUGGAGUGGCAAGCCAUCCAGGAGGGUGCCAACUCCAUCGUCACCUGGCUGCACCAGGCUGCUGCCUCCCUCUCGCGGGAGCCUUCCUCUGAGUCCGACUCCAUCCUCUCCUUCGUGUCGGGGCUCUCGGUUGGGUCCACCCUGCAGCUCUCCCUGGGCAGGCAGGAGAAGAAGCGAGCCAGCAGUGCGGCUGGCCGGGAUGCGGCGAGGAGGGAGCACAGCAAGAGCCGCCCAGAGAGGAAGGAUGCGCCGGGUGCCCGUCCCGCUGGCCGUGGAAGCGCCAGGGCGGAGCGGAGCCCGGCGCCCACCAAACCGGUGCCCAACCUGCCCGUGGUCUUCCGCGGCAGGACCGUCAUCUACAUGCCCAACCUGGCCAAGGAUGGCCCCAGCCCGCGGGCCACCCUGAAGAAAAGCCCCGCGGCGAAGCCCGAGGCGCCGCCGGCCAAGAACCUCUCCCUGAGCCAGCAGCGCUCGCGGAGCCUGCACCGGCUGGGCAAGCCCCCCGAAACCGGGGACCUGGCGCUGCCCAAGAGGAGCACCACGCCGCCCGCCCGCAUCGGCAAGGGACCCCCCUCCUCCGGCUCCUCCCGCACCUCCACCCCUUCCCAGCACGCUCCCAAGAAGCUGCCGUCGCCCUCCCAGCUCGCCAAGCAGGGUAACCCAGCCACGGGCAAGGCGGGCGGCUCGUCCUCCCUGCCGGGACCCCCAGCCAGAGCCCCAGCCCCCAAGUCCCCAGCGCCCAAGCAGUCCAAGACGCAGAAGUCACCCGUCCGCAUCCCCUUCAUGCAGAAACCCAGCAGGAAGGUGCUGCCGGGCCGGGGGGCCAUGCCGGUGCUGGAGGAGCGGGCGGAUGGCGGCAAGGCACGGGGCAGCGGGGGGCCGGGGGGGCCGGGGGCCAGCCGGCUCAACCUGGUGCGGAUGUCGUCCGCCCGUUCCAGCGGGAGCGACUCAGACCGCUCUGGCUUCUUGCGCCAGCUCACCUUCAUCAAGGAAUCCUCCAGCCUGCUGCUGCGGCACCGCGCCGAGCUCUCCCCGCCGCAGCCGGCGGCCUCGCUGCCUCGCCGAGCCUCCCCGCAGCGCAGCCGUGCUGCCCUCCCGGCCGUCUUCCUCUGCUCCUCCCGCUGCGAGGAGCUCAAGGCGGCCAAGCCGGCGGCCCCCAGCCCACGACCCCUCGUCCCCAGAGCCCAGCCCGGUGGCAAAGUCCCCGCCGGCGUCAAGCCGCCACGGAGGACCAGCUCCGAGAGCCCGUCCCGGCUGCCGGUGAAGACCAGCAUCCCUGCGCCCGAGCCCUUCAAGAGGUACUCAUCCUCACCCAACAUCAGCGUGGCGCGGAGGACGGGCAGCCCUUCCUCCGUCCUCUCUGCCCGCUCCGAGGCUUCGGCACGGCGGCAGCAGACCGAGGCAGUCCCCGGUGGGCAGCCGGCAAAGCUGCCGGUGGUGGUAAUGAAGGGCACCUGGCGGAGGAUUCGGGAUGAAGACAUCCCCCACAUCCUCAAGAGCACGCUGCCUUCCUCCGCCCUGCCGCUGGCAAGUGCCGGCGAGGAGGAGCGUCCCGGCACCCCCAGCCCCAGGAAGACCAGCGACGCCGUGGUGCAGACCGAGGACUUCUCCGCCGCCAAGACCAACUCCAGCACCUCUCCCACGCUGGAGACCCGCGAGGGACCUCCACACCCCCGCGCCGCCUGCGAUGGCGAAGCUCCGGCCCCCGCCAAGACCGCCCUGCCCAUCUCCUUUGGCCAUGAGGCAGCCGCCGGGACCUUCCCCGCCAGCCGGCACGGCUCCCCGAGCAGAGCCGCCCGCGUCACCCCCUUCAACUAUGUCCCCAGCCCCAUGGCGGUGACAGUGGUGGCGGACAAGGCGGUGGAGAAAAUCCAAGCUUGA